AAAAGACAAUACACAACUCUACACAAAAACAAACGAGAUGAACAGAUAACCUUAGAUAGGAAGAAAGAAUAAAAGAUAGAUACGGAUUAGUAAAAGGUCACACCAUGUCUAUGCAACGAAAGAAAUGCUUUCCUAAAUUAAGUCGGUUACGCAAAGACCUGUGGGCUUGGCAUUCAGACGUCGAGUCUUUGAUGCAAGAUCUAGAUGCACCAAAGAGGAAUGCACUGGUCAAGGAUGAAAGACCAGAAGACAAGAUGAAUUCAAAAUGCUUCGAAAUGAUCCAUAAGUUGUGUAAAUUCUCGGAACUAUCAACAAGCGAAAUUGUGGAGCUUCUGAAAGAUAUAGAUAUACCUCGACCGAUCAGCAGAUUCGCCAGUAGUGGUCAAUUAACUUCAGGGAGAGUUUCUAGGUCACCGGCCAAAUCGCCAUCCAGAGUCAGGGCAAGAUCUGUGUCACAAGAAAGACGAAAACCUAUUCCUCAAAAAGCAAAGCCUAGAGGUAGAAGUCCGAUACGCAAAUCAGUUCCGAAGUGUUUAAAUGCAACAUGGACACAAUCGGAAUCAUCAUCACUUGAAGAUCAGUGUAUAAAACAGUUAACUUUUGAUGAAGAAGAUGAAGUAUAUAGAAAGAAUAGCUAUAGUAAGGGAAAAAAGAAAGGCUCGCCAGUUAUUGAUAAAAAUACAAAAAAAGUUAUAAAAGAUUUAGAAGAACAGAUAUUGGAAUUGGAAAAAGAAAAUAAUCAUCUUUCUGAAGAUGUAGGGAGGUUAGAAAAAGAAGUUCAGUGGUAUAAAGAUAACAGAGAUUACUGGUUCAAGUAUUGUAAGGACAAUGAAAGAAGUGGACAACAAAGUACCAGACCUAACAACAAAAAUGGAGAAUAUGAUCAGCUACGGAAACAAUAUGAACAUCUACAAGGCGUGUAUGAAAACAUAUGCCACGCAAUGAACAAAGGAAGCGGAAGUCAGUAUCUGGGCCAAAUAGAGAGUGAUGCAGCCAGAUACAGAGCAGAGAGGAAUAAUGCACGAUUGCAAGUUCAAGAAAUGUCUGAUAAAUUAAACUGGUACAAAAGUGAACCUCAAAAUGCCAGUCCAGAAUAUAGGUAUACAGGGAAAAGAUCUAAGCCUCGUUAUGGGAAAAGGUACUAUUAG